AUGAGGGCUACCAAAACCCUCACGUGCAGCAACUGCGCGGCGACGGAUCACCUCCGCAGGGACUGCCCACUGGUGACGUGCCGGGCCUGCGGGCGGCUCGGGCACUUCAAGGAGGACUGCCCGAGGGAAAACAAGCGGGCGCGGCUGGAGGAGGACGGCGAGGUCUCUGUUUGCCGCACCUGCGGAUCCUCGCGUCACGUGCAGGCCAGCUGUCCCCUGCGCUCGCAGUCUAUAGAGUGUUUCCAGUGCCACCAGCGGGGCCACAUGGUGCCGACCUGCCCGCAGACGCGUUGCUUUAACUGUGGCAGCUACGGCCACAGCUCGCAGCUCUGCUACAGCCGGCCGCUGUGCUUCCACUGCUCGUUAGCCGGACACCGCUCCACGGACUGCCCCAUGAAGCCAAAGGGCCGGGUUUGCUACCGCUGCAAGGAGCCUGGGCACGAGAUGGCGGACUGCACCCACAUCGCGCUGUGCCACAUGUGCAACCAGGCCGGCCACCUCAUCGCCCAGUGCCCGGAGGCCCUCUGCAGCCUCUGCCACGAGCGCGGCCACAUUGCGAGCGCCUGCGCCAAGGUGCGGUGCCUCAACUGCAACGGCCCCCACUCCACGGAGAGCUGCGGGCAACCGGCGUCGGGGGCGAAGGAGCCGGCGGACGGCGUCUCGGCAGAGGAGGCCUCCGUCACCGAUAGCGAGGGCGAGCACGAAAAGCGUCCACACUCGAACACCCGCCCCACCACCGCCGCCACGGAGGACGUCGUUGUGCCUGCCUUUCAGCCGAGCGACGUAAAGCGCGAGGGGCGGGUGGCCGUCGUCAUCGACGGGAGCUACUUUGAGCGCCUUCUCAAGGGCCACGAACGCCGCGACGAGGCACACUACAAGCGCACCGUGGAUGCCCUGCGCUACACGCUGGACUUCAUUGGGGAGGUGUUUCGGAUGGACCCAGUCGCGUACUGGUUCGACACCGACCCCGCCGCCAUGACGGAGUACAUUGAGCACUCCAUGCCGCUGCCGCACCGGGAAAAGGCGUUUCGCGAGUGCCACCUCCGCAAGCGACUGCUUCUGGACGAGAUGAGCGGCGGCCGGCGCCUGGGCAACGUCGUCUCCCGUCUGAUUGGGCGCAUGAAGCAGCAGAAGGGGUACACGCGCGACGGGCCGCGGUACGUGUGGGUGCAGGCCGGCGUCGACGUCGCCAUGACCACCUGCAUCAUCGAGACUUUCCUCCACCAGCAGUUCCAGCAGGUGGUGCUGCUCUGCGGCGACGCCGACCUCUACCCCGCCAUCCAGUACUGCCACAGCCAGCGGCGCAGCUCCCCCGCCCUGGCGCGGGCGAACCCGGUGCGGGUGUGCGGCACCUCCACCUCCAUCUCCAAGCUGUACGGCCGAGACCAGGACCUCAGCGACUUUCUCCCUCGCAUCGCAUUGGAUGCCCCCUCCCACGCGGAGAAGGGACGGGAGGUGGCGUUUCCAACGCACGUGGCUUUUUUGUAG